ACAUACCGUUUACCUAAUUUGGAUGUUCUUUUUAUCAAACGAAAAUCAACAAUCAACGUGUAUCAUAAUUAAAAUGGGACAAACUGUACAAAGAUUUAGUAACAGAGAUGUCACCAUGUCCAAUCGGUUCUACUCAACUUACUGCCAAAAUAAGUCGCUGAAAACUGAAAGGGCACCAUUAACUCUUACAUUAGAGAGGAAUAACAGUAAGUGGACCUAAUAGCCAUAUUUCAAAACUGCGGUAUCUGAAACCUUCAACUGUUUACCUUUGAAGUAAGAAGGUCUGCAACAGUGAACAGUAAGGUACAUUCCCUCAAAGGUAUCAAUCUACUUUUCUUGAAAAGAGAGCAAAUGUCCUUAACCAUAGCUUACUCGUUUGGGUGAAUGAUUUAAGAUGAUAAUUCUUACGGUUUUAUCGUUUCUCUAUCACCAUAAGUGAUCUUAUCAAUCAGUGAUUGUAACUAAGUACAAAAAUCUCUAGUAGGUACCUUAUUUUCGGCACCUCAAGUAAGUAAUCUUUACUUGCAACUCUGUAGCUCUGCAACUUCGCAUUUUUAUAAACAUUGAACUCUUUUGUGAAAGCUACUGAAUGAAUCCAUUUCUUGAAAAACUUUGCUCGUAAGAAAAUGUUCAAUUUUUCGAUCCAAUUUCUGGUUGCCUAUGUAGAAAUGCAUUCACGUAAAUUCUUGCCGAAUUACUUAGACCUACGUCAAAGCAUUUUUUCCUCUUCAUAGGUAAUCAUUUUACAGAUUCAAAUAUCGAUAUAUUUAUUUUACAAACAAAAAGUCCUCAAACAUAUAUUUACGAUUAAAAAUGAUUCUAUUAACUUUUUAUAGAGACUUGUAAAAUUUGAAACAGCGAAUAGCAUAUCAACAAUAAUUGGAGAAUGAUGCAUUUCUAAUACACAAUCACCAUCAUUCCUCAUUAUCUAUCAUACUUUGUUUUUCAUAACUUCAGAAUUGAAAUACAUUGUAUUCCCUAUCUUAUAAGUGUUACAUCGAUCGGAUGUUAUAGAAAUUAGAAUAUGAGAUCAUCAUGAUGUAUUUCCAAAAAACAUUUGUGACAAAUAAAAUAUUUUUAUACUUAUUCAUGCAGGUUGAAUCAGUGGCUAUCGUGGAAUAGAAUACUGAAAUAUUGUCGAGAGUACAAGUACUAUACGGCUUGCAUUUCCACAUAACUCCACAUUAUCCAAAGGAAGCUUUGCUCUGUACCUAUUACUUUGUCAUCCACGACAAAGUAGAGUAGAUCCUAUUAGUUUAAACGAAUGGGAUGACUAUUUGCCCUAUGCGAACAGAUGUGAGCCGGGAGAGGAGAGAGUGUAAUCCUCUCCCUUUUUGCAGGGUUGCCAUCGCGGCGCGGUGCCCGAGGUGACGCAAUUUACAAUCGGACUCGAAUUAAGUGAUUGGAAAGUAACCCUGAUGGCAACAGUCCUACUCCACCCGCUCAUCAAUAAUUACUUUUAAUAAUGACACAAAGAUGAGUGCCUGUUUCAUAACAAUCCCUCUUUUGAUCGCAUAUAUUCUUCUCUCAAUACUUUCUGAAAAAUGCGCCUCACCCCACCGAAAGAGAUUUCGAGUAUAUAAACUGAAGACGGGCUCUAGCUGACCAUCCACACUUGCACCAACUGAAGUACAGUGAGCAUCCACCUCAGGGAUAUCUUUGCAGUCAGUCGGUCAACGUUUUCAUACACACAACACAUCAACAUGUUCAACAAAAUCUCGUUUUCAACGGUGCUGUGCGCUUGCGUGGCGGUUGUCAUGGCAACAGGAGACGCGACCAAGACCGCCGACAAAGAACCGAGCAAGCAGCAGGAGAAACGCGGCGUUCUGGGAGCCGGCUGGCCCGGCGCUGGUGGAGCUGCAUACAGUGGAAGCGUUCUGGGAGCGGGGUGGCCGGCUGCCGGUGCAGCAGCUUACGGAGGCAGCGUUCUAGGAGCUGGAUGGCCAGCUGGUCUUGGUGCCGCCUCCGCCGCCCCUUGGAAAUCCGCCUCCCUGGGCUGGGCUGGUGCUGCUGACCCAUACGGUUCGCUAGCCGAUAACUUCCAUGCCUCCGCUCUCACCAAUGCUAUUCUCUCAUCUGAUAUCACCAAGAACCACCUGACCGGCGUAGCAGCUUCGGCGGAGGCAGCGACCGCGCUGGCACAAGCCAAGGAAGCCUCAGCUGCAGCAUCAGUGGCCCAGCAGCGGGUGCAGGCCGCCAAGGAGGCAGUGCAGGUGGAACAGCGCAUCGCCCUUGCCAAGGAGGCAGCCGCAGCUGCGGCCAUCCAGCGCUCCGAAGCCGCAGCUGCAACCGCCGCCGCCAUUCAACGAUCUGAGGCUGCCGCUGCAGCUCUGCACAGACACGAGGCAGCCGCAGCUGCGGCCCUCCACCGGUCGCAAGCCGCAGCCGUCGCCAUCCAGAAGUCCGCAGCCAAAGCAGCUGCAGCCGCAGCCGCAGCAGCCCACCAAUCCUCAGGUCACGUGUCAGCUCCAUGGGGUUGAAUUGCGUCCCUACGCUCCUACUAUUAGUAUUCUAGUAUAUUACUCGAAAUGAUUAUCUGUACAAUUCUUUGUUUUAAAAUAAUAAACGUGCCGUAUUACAUUUAAAA